GUGCAACGCAGCAUAUUAACAGUUCCGGUCGGCGUUCUUAGAUACAACCCACCGUUACCACCUCGUCCAGUUUUCUGCGAAAUUAUUACUUUCACUGGUUUUUCGUUUCUUUUUUGCGAACAAAAUGCCUUUAAAGUUUGAGCUGUGUCCUGGGAGAAUGAUCGGAGGUAACCAUCCGUGCUUCAUCAUUGCUGAAAUUGGACAAAACCACCAGGGAGACAUUGAGAUUGCUAAGCAAAUGAUCAAGAUGGCAAAGGACUGUGGUGCUGACUGUGCCAAAUUCCAAAAGAGUGAAUUAGAGCACAAAUUUAACAAGCGAGCCUUGGAGCGUCCAUACACCACCAAAAACUCCUGGGGGAAAACAUACGGUGAACACAAACGCCAUCUGGAGUUCAGUCACGAGCAGUACAGGGAACUGCAGAAAUAUGCUGAGGAGGUGGGGAUCUUCUUCACUGCCUCAGGGAUGGAUGAGAUGGCAGUGGAGUUUCUCCAUGAGCUCAAUGUGCCUUUCUUCAAAGUGGGAUCUGGAGACACCAACAACUUCCCCUAUCUGGAGAAGACUGCCAAGAAGGGACGUCCCAUGGUAGUGUCCAGUGGGAUGCAGACGAUGGAGACGAUGCGUCAGGUCUACAAGAUUGUGAAAGAGCACAACCAGAACUUCGCCAUCCUGCAGUGCACAAGCGCCUACCCUCUGGAAGCUGAAGACGUCAACCUCCGAGUGAUCACAGAAUAUCAAAAAGAAUUUCCUGAUAUUCCCAUCGGGUAUUCCGGCCACGAGUCUGGGAUCAGUAUUUCUGUGGCGGCCGUAGCUCUCGGGGCAAAGGUCCUUGAGCGUCACGUAACUUUGGACAAGACGUGGAAAGGAAGUGACCACGAAGCCUCGCUGGUGCCCUCUGAGCUGGCCGAGCUGGUCCGCUCCGUCCGACUGGUGGAGAGGGCGCUAGGCAGCGGCCUCAAGCAGAUGUUACCCUGCGAAAAGCCAUGCCAUGAUAAGUUGGGUAAGUCAGUGGUGGCCAAAGUAAAGAUCCCUAAAGGAACCGUCCUGACUCUGGACAUGCUGACAGUAAAGGUGGCUGAGCCCAUGGGUGUCCCAGCUGAGAACAUCUUCCAGCUGGUCGGUAAAACCAUGUUGGAAGACGUGGAGGAGGACGAGAGUGUAACACCAGGGGUGGUGGACAGCUAUGGCAAAAAGGCAAAAUGCUGAGGAGGGAAGAGAGGUUUGAAAUGGGUAAAAAAUAAGGUACUUGAUUUAAGAGGACAUUGAAUCGUUGCCUCUGGAGAUAAUUCUGACACACACAGGAGUGUGAUGGUCACUUUUUUUGUCUUAGCUCUCCAUUGCCAAAGUAUUUUUUAAUUUCCUAAAAGCCUCCUUAAUGUGAUGCACUAACUUUUUGGCAAACAGGCUCUUCAACAGACCUACCUUUCUACCAUUAUCUACCAUUACCUACCAUUAUCUUACAAGAGGCUCCGUAGUCGUUUGAUCAGCACUGGUGUGGUGUUUUUGAAGGUGGCACCAAAGCCAGAUGUUACUGUUCACUAAACGUACUUUGCACUAUAGUUUUAGCACGCACACCAGAGAUUAAAUGAAUAGUGAACACACAGAGGUUAAGCUGCUCCCGGUCAUCUCAUCACACAACAGUGGCAUCACAGAUCCUGUGUGCCCAGAAGUCAGUGUAUUCUUUUUGUACCUGCUCAUUGAGCUGUCAGGAUUGUCAGCUAGUACCAGAAUGAUUCUAUAGUCACUGAAAUUUCUGGUAGUGAAUCAAGCGGGCUUUGUGCAGUUGUCUAACCUUGCUUUUGUCAUAAACCAGAUGUUUCUGUCUUCAAUCUGGCACCAACAAUGUCCACUAACCAUAACUUAAAGAUAAAGGAUGUUACGCUCAUUAACAUGUGAAAAACUAUUGAGACUCUGUUGAGAAAUCUGCAAUGAUCCAAAAAGAUGAAGCCUCCAAAUAAAAUAUCGAUAUUGCCAAAA